GUCGACCGGUGCUAUGCGUCAGCCUGACUAUCACAUCCUGUUGGCUCACGUGAGACGGCAGCGCUUUUAUCUGCCGUCUCGCUGCGUCCAAGCUGUCAGUGGGUAACGCACGCCCGGAGCAGUCGCAUCGAAUAUCUUCAUUUCCAGAUAAGUACCUGAGGGAUCCGUCGAUAUGUCUGGGAAUGCGGACUGGAAGUCAGCCUCCACGAUCUACGACUUCACGGCGAGAGACAUCAAGGGCGAGGAGGUGUCUCUGGAGAAGUACCGAGGACACGUCUGCAUCAUCGUCAAUGUCGCCUCCAAGUGCGGCCUCACUGCCACCAACUACAAAGAAUUGGAGGAUCUGAAGACGGCCUAUGGGGAGAGUCAGGGUCUGCGCAUCCUGGCGUUCCCGUGCAAUCAGUUCAACGGCCAGGAGCCUGGAGACAGCGAGCAAAUAGCCUGCUUCGCCCUCAGGACCAUGGGUGCCACUUUUGACCUCUUCGAGAAGGUUGACGUCAAUGGCGAUGACGCGCACCCCUUGUGGAAGUUCCUGAAGAAGAAACAACCUGGAACACUGGGAAACGCUAUAAAGUGGAAUUAUACCAAGUUCGUCGUGGAUCGGAACGGAAUACCCGUGGAAAGAUUCGCUCCUACCACCGAGCCCAAGAAGAUGGAAUCCACGCUGAAAAAAUAUUUCUAAGGCGGGAAUCCCACCUGCACUGCAGAAAAGAAACUUCUUUCUCAUUAUUCAGAACCAGUAUUUUUAUAGUAUUUAAGUAAAUGUGUUGCAUUUAAUUGACUAACUUCAUCGUAUUCAGUUUCGUACAGGUUCGUACCCCAGAGGCGUUAUGCCUGUAUUCACCUGAAUAAGCAAUGUUUUACCUCUCUUGGCCCUUCGUGUAGUGGAAGGGAAGGAGUUUGUACCUCGCAGUCGUAUAUUAGGCGAAGGUGAGAGGGAGAGAUUCAUUCUUAUCAUGGCAGGGGUAUUGGUAGAAAGUCCGAAGGUAGAAGGAAGAGCUCUUUCUCGGAAUUAUGGGAUCAGUUUAGCGGGUAUUAGUCAUGUAUGUAUAUAUAAUGCUUAACAUUUAGUAGAAAAUCAUAGAGAACGGUGGAGGCUUUCAGUUUUUACCAUCUGUUCUACUCAUUGGAGACAAAAUCUUUGAGAUACAAUUUUCUCCGGGUACCAUCAGAAAAAAUACAGGAUUCUCUAUUCAUAGCACAUAAACGCAAAGCCAGAUGUCUGUGCAUGCUCCGUAAUUUGCCUAAGUCCAUAGACUAGGAUAUGCUUCCUGCUGUAACUCUGCUCGAGUGUCUGAUAUCAUACUGUUGUCCACUAAUAAUCCCCGUAAUCAAUACUGAGUCUAUUUUCAUUCUUUUUUAAAAAAAAAAAUUCAGCGUAGAUCCUUUGCACCCAUUGGCUGAUGCGGUGUUUGGCAUCUUAAGCGUGACGUGAAACUUCUGAUGACGUGAUAAGGCCUCGAAAAUUUCUUCGUUGUCCGUCUUGUAAGCAAUUCUCUGUUGCAUACGGCUAGCUAUGCUGGUGGCUGCAUGAGAAUUCCCUUGUCGCAAUGCCUGUUACAAGUUAGCUCCAAUGUAACAAACCACUUAUUAUGUGCCAUGAGUAAACGCUACUGGUAACCACAUGAUACUAGCAGAGUUGAGAGAGUUCAUGAAUCGAAACAUAUUCGCUUGUGUUAAUAUUCUUCGUGGCACACAUUAAUGUAUGGCUAUUUACCUAUAUACGUGAUCAGUUUAUCUAUAGACGAUACAGGACAUUUUGAGCACAAGACAUGUUAUGUGCAGGAGAACUGUAGUGUUACGAGACUGAAAUAGUCUCUGGCAAAGAAAGACUGAAUGAGUAUCUUAGUUUCUGAAAAUGCUACAUCGCUUAAGUAACUUCGGGUGAAAUCUGUUGUAAACAAAUUCUCCAAGCCUCAAACCAAGUACAAAAGAAAUUUAUUAAGAAAGAAAGUCACUAUACGAGAUUCUGAGACUUAGAAAUAGUUUAAUGAAUUCGUCUGCACAAACAUAUGAAUGGCUUCAGUAUAUGCCUUUUUAUUGUGCAAAGCUUGCUUAAAGUAUUUCCUACAUACAACUGUUACUUUUAAAAGUGGAGAAUUAUAAUAUUAAUUGUGUAACAUGACUACUUCGAUAUUACUUGCCAUGUGUGUAACUUAAAGACUGUGAAAAAUAUGUCAAAAUAAAAUUUUCUAUCGUAGAACUUGAUUUUUACGAGGGCUACUCGGAUGGUAGAUCCAAUCGGCGGGAAAUGGAAGUUGCAGAGAAAAUUCGAUGAAGCUUUGCACAGAUGUCUUGGGCAAUGUCUCUGGAACGCCCGUCGAUCGCUUCACGUCACUCUUUUCAGUUACGACAAUGCAGUGAGAGAUGUCACCUGAUGACGUGCAGCGCACAUAACAUAAAUGUCAUGAGUUUCCUUAUUUAUGGUAACUGUCAGCUGCACUCUGCAGGGGUAAUGAAGAUGCUGCUGCAGCGUUUUCGAUGGGAAGUGUUUGAUCAACCACAAUACAGUCCGUAACUGGCUCCCCCUCAAUUUCAUCUCUGCUCGCAUGAACCGAUGGCCAUGAAGACAACAUUUUGGCACUAUGACCAGGGUAUUGGAAAGUUGGUACAACGCAGCGACAACUGUCUAAGUCGGUGCGGCGACUACGUAGAGAAGUAGCUGCACGGUGUAGCUAAUUGUCACAAAUAAAACAUUUCUGAUUUU